ACAAACGACGACGCCUCCGCCAGCAAGCUGUCUUGUGUUAAAAAGGGAUACAUGAAAGAUGACUACAUUCAUUUGUUCGUCAAAAGACCUGUAAGGAGAUCUCCAAUAAUUAAUCGUGGAUACUUUGCUCGGUAUGCUGCACUUAGGAAGCUUCUUUAUGAGUUCCUUGACUGUGGGAUGACUGGGGAUGAGAAAGGCAUCAGGAAGCAAAUAUUGUCUCUUGGGGCUGGCUUUGAUACGACAUUUUUUCAGUUGCAGGAUGAAGGGAAAGCACCUUAUCUUUAUGUGGAGUUAGAUUUCAAAGAGGUCACAAGUAAGAAAGCUGCCAUCAUCGAAAAUUCUACUCAGUUAAGAAGCAAAAUCAGUGAAGCAGCAUCGAUCUCUCAGGAAAAAGGGGAAGUGCUUGCCGAUCACUACAAACUCCUCCCUGUCGACCUGUGCGAUAUACAAAAACUUGAUGAAAUAAUUUCUUUGGCUAAUAUAGAUCCAAGUUUGCCAACAUUUAUAAUUGCAGAAUGUGUUCUUAUAUACUUGGAUCCAGAGUCAAGCCGUGCUAUAGUUGGAUGGGCUUCUAGAACAUUUUCUACGGCUGUAUUUUUUUUAUAUGAGCAGAUUCGUCCUGAUGAUGCUUUUGGGCAACAGAUGAUUAGAAAUCUGGAGAGUCGAGGAUGUGCACUAUUGGGCAUUUAUGCCACACCAACUUUACAUGCAAAGGAAAGACUUUUCCUUGACCAGGGAUGGCAGAGAGCUGUUGCCUGGGAUAUGCAGAAAGUUUAUAGCACGUUUAUUGAAGCCCAAGAAAGACGCAGGAUUGAACGGCUGGAAUUAUUCGAUGAGUUCGAAGAGUGGUAUAUGAUGCAGGAGCAUUACUGUGUGGCUUGUGCAAUCAACGAUACACUGGGUCUAUUCAAGAAUUUCGGUUUCCCCAAUGAGGAUAAUGCAACAGGUUCCCCUACCGCAACAACUUUCUGAGAGUACGUUACUAUUUCGAAGAAAUGUUUUCAAAUAGCCCAUCAUUAAGAUGACAAAAUCAUGUGUAUCUUGCGUGUGCCGACCCACCUUGGAUGUUUCAGUUUAGCAGAUAGUCUAUGAACCAGUUGUUUACUCCUAGUCGAGUCUUACUAUAAUGUGUGGAUCCCCCCUGUAUGUUUGUAAUUUGACUUAAAUGGAAAGAUCCCUUUUCUUUUGCUAGCUGUUUUGCAAAGAAAACGUGGUAGGGACCCCUUAGAGCACAACAAUGUCCAAUUUCAUGGGCCAGAGUGGUCUUUGUGGAAAAAAAGUACAAUUCUUGCA